AACCCUUGUUCAUUUACUGUAAUUCGUAAACCCUAGCCACCACCGUCGUCAUCGCCGCCGCCUGAGGGAAAAAAUCAUGGGGAAAGAUAACAAAGCGAAGAAGAAGCCUAAUAAAAAAGGCGAAAGAAGAACAGGACCAGAUGCAGUCGCCAUGAAAGCCAAGGCGCAAAAAGCAAAAAAUCCAUUUGAAUCAUUCACUUCUCGCCAGAAGUUCGAAAUCCUCGGAAAGAAGCGUAAAGGUGAAGAGCGUCGCGUCAGUAUAUCUCGAACUCUUGCUGUUGAUAAGAGGAAGAACACAUUGGAGAAAGAGUAUGAGCGGAGUUUGAAAGCUACAGUUUUUUUGGAUAAGCGUAUUGGAGAACAAGACGAUGAGCUUGGGGAGUUUGAUAAGGGUAUAAUUAGAUCGCAAAGAGAGCGUCAGUUGAAACUGGCUAAGAAGAGCAUGUAUAAUUUGUCUGAUGGGGAAGAAGAUAUUUAUGAAGAUGGUGCUCUUGGUGGUUCUUCUGUAAGGGAUGAUUUUGAUUCUGGACUUUUGUCAGAUGAAGAUCUUGAAGCUUCUGAAUCAAAGAGGAUGAAGCAUCUGAACAGAAACAAACAGCUUGACGCAUCCGAAGAGGAAGUGAGGCAUAAGAGCAAGAAGGAAGUCAUGGAAGAGAUCAUCAUGAAGAGCAAACUUGGCAGGAUGGAGAAAGCUAAGCAAAAGGAGGAAAAAGAAAAACUAAUGGAUGAGCUGGAUAAAAACUUCCAGUCCUUGGUGAAUUCUCAGGCGAUGGAGAGUUUAACUAAGCCUUUUGAAGUCGAAGAGAUAAAAGACGAUUCUUAUAUACACAUUCUAACUGAGAUGUCAAUGGAUAUUCGUGCUCGUCCUUCUGAGAGGACAAAGACACCUGAAGAAAUAGCUCAGAAAGAGCGAGAAAAGUUAGAGGCUCUUGAGGAAGAGCGGAAGAAAAGGAUGCAGGAAACUGAGGAGUUGAGCGAUGGGGAUGAGGAAACUGGCGGUGAGGAAUCAACAAAGAGGAGCGUAAUUUCUGGGGACGAUCUUGGGGAUUCCUUCUCAGUGGAAGAAAAGCAGCCAAAAAGAGGAUGGAUUGAUGAUGUUCUUGAAAGAAAGGACGAUGUUGAUAAUUCAGAAAGUGAUGAGAAUGAUGGUUCUUCUGAAGAUUCAGAAAGUGAAGAAGAAGAAGAAGAUGAUGAUUGUGAGUCAGAUGGGGGUAAUGAGAAGCAGAGAAAAGGUCAUCAUUUAGAAGACUGGGAACAAAGUGAUGAUGAGCUAGGGGAUGAGCUGGAAGAUGAAGAUGAUGAUGAUGAUGAUGAUGAUGAAGAAAAAGAAGUGGAGCCAAGGGUGCAUAAAAAGUUGAAGAAUGACGGUCAGUGUAAAGGAGAAGGGUUGUCUGGAACAGCAAAACAAGAAACUAAUAUGAGGAAAUUGAGUUCCACGCAGCGUGAUAUUCCUUUCAUGAUUGAUGCUCCAAAGAAUUAUGAGGAAUUGGUUGCUCUAGUGGAAGAUUGUUCAAAUGCAGAUGUUAUUUUAAUAGUUAACCGAAUCCGGGUAGCACACUCGAUUAAAAUUAAAGCUGAAAACCGGAAAAAAAUGCAGGUCUUCUAUGGUAUUCUCUUGCAGUAUUUUGCUGUUCUUACAAGCAAGCAGCCCUUGAACUAUGAUUUACUAAAUAUGCUUGUCAAACCUUUGAUUGAGAUGAGCAUGGAGAUCCCCUACUUUGCUGCAAUAUGUGCUCGUCAGCGGCUUUUAAAGACCCGUGCACAAUUUUGCGAGGCUAUAAAGAAUCCUGAUGAUGGAUGCUGGCCAUCCUUGAAAACAUUGUUUCUCUUGCGCCUCUGGUCCAUGAUUUUUCCGUGCUCUGACUUUCGCCAUGCUGUGAUGACCCCAUCGAUAUUGUUGAUGUGUGAAUAUCUCAUGCGCUGUCCGAUCUCCUCUGGUCGUGAUAUUGCCAUAGGUUCCUUUUUAUGUUCCAUUGUUCUCUUGGUUGCUAAACAAUCUAAAAAGUUCUGUCCUGAAGCUAUAUUAUUUAUCCGGACUCUCCUGAUGGCGGCUUCAGACAAAAAGUCACCAUCAUCUGAAGAAUCUGAGUUUUACCAUUUCAUGGAAUUGAAAUCGCUGACUCCACUGCUGUGCAUACAAGACAACGUGAAGGAGGUAUUGCCUUUAAACUUCCUAAAGAUAAUGGAUGAGCCAGCAGACUCUCCAUAUUUCAGCUCUGAUGAUUUCAGAGCAAGCAUUCUUUCAAGUAUAUGUGAGACUCUUAGAGGGUUUGUGGAGAUAAACAAAGGAUUGAGUUCCUUUCCAGAGAUCUUCAUGCCCAUCUCAACUUUAUUAAACCAAAUUGGGAACCAAGAAAAGAUCCCACAAUCUCUCAAGGAGAAAUUAGAGGAUGUCGCAAAUCUAAUCCAAAAGAAAACCGACGAGCAUCACAAGGAACGCAAACCGCUCUCUAUACGCAAGCUUAAGCCAGUAGCCAUCAGAAUGGUCAAUCCCAAAUUUGAAGAGAACUUUGUUCAAGGCAGGGAUUAUGAUCCAGACAAGUACCGUUCUGACCUCAAGAAGUUGAAGAGAAAGUUGAAACAGGAAGCCAAAGGAGCAAUACGUGAGCUGCGCAAAGACAAUGAGUUCAUGAGCACGGUCAAAGCAAAAGAGAAGGCUGUGCAUGAGCAAGAGAGAGCAGAGAAACAUGGCAGAAAUUGGGCUUUUCUUCAAGAACAAGAGCAUGCUUUCAAAUCUGGACAACUUGGUAAAGGCAAAGGCAAGAAGAGAAGACGGUAAUACCAUUGUCACUGUGUUCUAUAUUUUUUUCCUUUUCGAUUCUGUCAGCACAAUUUUGAUUCUUGUUGGAUAAUCAAAAACUUAUUUACAGAGAAAAUUAUCCAUUCUAAGAUU